CUUAGGACUAACGCACCAUCUCGCUUUUACCGCAUCCCAUAUCUUCAUACGCACACUAUUGCAACAAGCAAGAACUACUUUAUUAUGUCGAACCUCGUUAACAAGAUCAAGGACAAGGCUACCGGCGCCGGCGGCAAUGAUAAAGGCGGGGAGCAAGAGCAGCAGUUUACGAUUCAGCCGCAUCCUGCUAAAACGAACAACCCGAGCGAUCUCGUCGACCCGCCGCAGCCCGGUGCUGGCCUGAACAGCAACCCGGAGAUGCAGGCGCACCACGCGCGCCAGCCGCAUGUGCCCAGCCAGGACAUUCUGAAUAGUCUCGAGCAGCCCAAGAGCCGUGAGGAGCUUCGUGCGAGGCAAGAGGAGCUUAACAGGAAGUGAACAAAUCGCGAAGAUGUAGAGGACGCAGCGUUUCAUGUAAAAGCAGCCCCGUGCAGGCCGUUGUUGUAGCUAUUUCUGAUGUUGGUUUUGUGCAGGUGAUCGCACCUGACCUGUCGUUUAAAGAGUCAGUGUGGCGUGCUAACAAUGCAUACUUCCUACUCUAGGCGAAACCUCGCUUGUUGCAUAUCUCUGCUCAUUACAUGUCUUGGUUGUCGCAUAUCUUUGAUCGUUACACAUAUUACUUUCAGACUCUAUAAGCAUAUGACCUUGCGCUCGG